GUAGCCCAACGCAAAAAGACCGUAUUGUUGUCGAGAUAAAGAUGGCAAAUCAGAGGAAAGGAAAGGAAAGGAAAGGAAAGUCUAGCCCUAAUUUUCGAUCAUGCAGGCAAAUCUUAGAUCCGUGCUUGCUCAGAUAAGUCGGGGAGGGAGAGAUGUUGGGUCUCACCGUAGUUUCCGUUCAUACCUUGGAAACAGUGAGACUAAGGGAGGCAGAAGAAGAUUUGUCACCGGCGGCGGUUCGCAGAUUAAUGAGAAGCUUUAUUGGUUUGGCAGAUAUAUGACCUAUGGAUAUUGUGCUGUCACUAGUUGGGCAAUUAUCCAGAUGUUUGAACACCGUCGAACGAUCGAAAUAGAUUUGGCUGAAAGACGUGGCUCGAAACCAAAGACGAGCUUCCGUGAUGUCCUUCGUUGGUUCGGUGCUUGAUCCUGUGAACAAUUAAUAUUCUGUUUGAUGCUUGUUGUGUUUAGUUCGUUUUAUGCUGUGUAAACAAAACAAAAAAAUCAUAAUCUAUGGGCAUUACGUUGUAUUUAAUAUUGUUCGUUCGGACUUUUAUGUCUACUGUUUGUUCGAGUUGUAUUUAAUAUUAUUCGUUCGUUGCAUU